CCUUCCAAACCAACCCUAAAUCGUACGUCUAAAUGAACUUUGACCUAUGUUUUUUCUUAGCUUUGGGUGCUAAUUUUGCACCUUUCUCAUUCCACGGCAUGUCGUUUACUUAAGUCCACAGCACAUAGCAUUUUGGGGCCCAAUUCUCUACUCCGAGAAACCAAACAGUCAUUUGUUAGCUAUUUCGCGCCAAACCUGUCGAGCUUUCCGAGACCGAUCGAAGACGAAGACGAAGCGCAAUGGUGGAGUUGUGCUUUGUUCUGGACCUGCGAAGCUUACCGCCUCCAUUUCUCAGAGACUUGAAGCAGUCGCUGUUGCAGCUUGCGAAUUUGUACGCCAUUUCAUCGCCGGCGCCGUGGGGCAGAUCGGAGUCGCUCAGAGAUCGGAUUGGCCUGUGCUACGUUUUUCAAAAUCCGAUUUCCUUGUCCGAUGAGAUGAAGAUCAUAUAUACACCGAGUCCGAGCGGAAACUUCAAUCUCCGCGACUUCCACCAUGCGGUUAACAACUUGCCUGCACAUGGAUUUUGGCCUCAGAUCGAUGAUUUGGGUGUGAAACUUUCCAGUGUCCUAAAUGAUCAAGUUUUGUACCACUGGGGAGGUAAAGAUAUCAUGAGAAAAGUGAUUGUCAUAACCUCCUGUUUGCCUCGAGAUGUCGACUUUGUCAUGCUAAAAACUCUCACGGCGGCGGCCGAAAAGUGUGUUUCUGUCGAUUUUGUACUGUUUGAGCAAAGAUCAUCCCAUCUGAGCAAUACAAAAGAGAAUUUCAACAAUUUUCAAACAUGUAUCUCUGAUCUUGAUAAUUGCUCAUUUCAAGCAUAUCUCCCAGAUGUCAAAGUAUUGCAUGGCCUGGUAAACCGAUGGUUACAGGAUUUAAAGGAUGACGUUGAAGAACCACUGCAAGCUCGUUUUAACUUCAAGAACAACCUUGUGGGCUCUGUGAAACAGAUAUCCUGCAACUUGUAUAUAUCUGUCAAUCCAAUUAUCGAUGGUUUCUAUCCCUGUCAGACAUGCAGAUGUCAUGGCAUUUCGCUGGAAGAUGCUGUUAGAAAUAGAAGCGAGGAACUUUCUUGUCCGGUCACAGGCUGUAAUCUUGGAAGAUGUGAUGUGAUUGAAAAUUCUGUGAAAGUUGGAGUAAAAACAAUCCUUUUACUGCCCUCAUUCCCAAGCUCUAUGAAGCUCAAGCGUGCUUCUUUGCCAAUUGACUUCAAUGUCAUUGAGAGGACUAACAUGGGGUCUCUAAGCGAAGGUGUUAUAAUGGGAGCUUCCUAUGUUGUGAUUCCAUCAACUUUUCAUGAGAUAGAAACUAGUCCGGAUGAAAUUGAUCAGUCAGAAUUGAAUACUCAACGCUACAAAUUUGCAGUUUUCCGUGGGAUUUGCAGUGCACUACAUUCAAUGGACCAGUGUCUGUUAUGCUCUUCAAAUUGUAAUGUAGAAAGUAUGACGGAGGGCACAUUGCACUGCUAUUAUAUUCUUCAACCUUCGGGCAACGGGCCGAUGCUUCUCAGACGCAUUGCCGGAUCAGAGGAAGUUUUGCACAUUCCCAAUCUCAACCAAUUAACAACUAGUUCUUCAGUACGUAAGGAGAUUGAGAACUCAAUUAACGAAUCUUUGUCAAAGAUUGAUGUUAGAGAUUAUAAUCCCAUGCUGCACGAGAGGGGCUUCCAUCAGAAUUUAAACUUGCUUGUAAAGGAGAGCUUACAGUUGGGAUCAAUAGCCCCUGGAUUUGAAGAGCAAACCUAUGAGCCAAACGCAACCGAACCAAAACUUCCAGAAGUGGCUGCACAGUCAAAUUCAACAAUAGAUCUUCCAAUCAUCAGAAACGAAGCCUCACACUGUGAUCCGACAGCCAUAGAAGACAAAGCAUCUGCUUGCAUUACAGAAGAGUGGGAGAAGCUGAUCGUCAAUGAUGUCUCCGAGCUACAUUCUCCAGUUUGCACUUCCAAACCGAAGCUAGAUCAAUCAGUCCUAUCGCCACCAGAUGGUAACCGGCAACUUGACGCGAAAACAUCAAGAAUUCUAGAGAGACUCGAGGUGCCGAGACAGUUCAAAAGAGAAUCAGUGUCUCCGAUCCUCACAAACAAUGCCGGCGGCACAAAGAAUCCGAUUGUUGAGGUAAAGAGGCCUUUCAUCCCAUCCCAGCCUAUUUCUGCUCCAAACCAACCCAUAACUGGUAGCCAACUAAUGAAACCAAAUUUCCAGAGGCUAAAAAGGAAGCAUAAAUAAAACAUGACCGCCGCCAAACUAGCCG